GGCGCGCUGUGUUUGAAGUUGUUGCUGAAGUACUGGAAUUGUGUGUGUUAUGCGUUUGUUAAAUUAACAGAACGCUGAAAUUCAGGGUUUUCGUGAUUAGAUAAAGCAUCUUGGGAAAAGUUUGACUGAAGACAAACCAGCGAAUUACCGUAAUAACGUUUUUCAGCGCGAGUUCAGUGAAAGCCGUGUUACUAACAUGGACCGCUACAACGACUUAAAGAUUCUCUUAAAACAGUGGGAGUACUCGUUUAUUCAAACACACAACAGAAAACCAAAGAAGGAAGAUAUUGCUGCUGCUCCAGAAGACACAAAAAAACUUUAUAAAGAGUACCGCAUGCUCAAAGAGGCAAAGGAGAAGACCACAAGCGAGGAUGAGGAUCACGUACAAAAGCAGGAAGUUCAGUCUCCAGCCACUGGCGACUGCUGGGGUUCUCAUCUUAAUCGCAAAAACCUGCCUGCAGCAAAACCCAAACUCACUUCGACAGACAAGGAGACUUUACAAGCCUCUGUCCAAUACUUUGGGAUGAAGUUGAAGUCUAAUCUCAUCAAUUCAUUAUCAAAGGAUCGAUCAUUUUCUCUGAAGAAAGCAGUCACCCUUUGCCAGGCUCAAGGAAAGAACUGGAAAGACGGUGUAACCACUAACACGGCACCUGAGAACGCGACGACUCCUUCCCCAAAACCUGCUAACACGAGUCCGGCGCUGCCCACCCCUCCAGUUCAGACAGGAAGCACUGAGUGUGAGGACGAACCCUCAGAUCCCUUUCCUUCCUUUACUCCUUCUAAACUGUCCUCGCUGAGCAUGACGACUCCAGAUAAGAGUCUGGAGAAAGCCCAGUUCCUCAAGCAGUCCAUGACCAAGAGGCUGUCGUGUGUGGACAGGGGCUGGCUGGAGCGCUGUCAGGUCUUCGGUGAGGUGAGAGACGAGCACAAACCAGUCGCGGGUAAUUUAGACCUGCCGGAAAAAGACCGGGUUAUUCAAAGUGGUGCCAGAUGUGAAAAAGUGGUGGCUGCGGAGAACAGAACCUUCAGAGACUCUGCAUCACCACAGGACGUGUCUCGGGUGUGUAUCGAGACAUUUCCGGUAGAUGUUGAUCACAGUUCGGGAAUGGCCGAUCGAAAAACGAAGGAAGAUCGUGUUACAGAGGGUCAGGACGGGAUCGAUGAAUCCAGUACGUCUUUAGAAACGAGAAAACAAAUGAAAAAACCCUGCUCAAGGAAAGCUCAAGACUCUGAAGACCCAGAUUACGAGCAGAAGAUUCUAAGGAAAAAGGGACGGAAAAGGCAGAGAGAAACCGGAGAAGAAGAAGCUGAAAGUGUCCGAAAGAAACGCAGGGCCAAAAAAGAGAACUCUGCAGAGGAGAAGCCCGUUAAAAAAGAGCGGAAAAAGAAAAGAAGAGCAGCCGAGGAGGGAGAAAGCAGCACUCCUGAGACUAAAGAGCCUCAGAAAUCAAAGAUGCCUCAGGAGAACCUUCUAGGAGAAGUGGAUGAGGAGGACGUGAGAGCUGCAUCAUCCAGGAAGAAAAACCCAAUCAGAAGCAGGAUGACCAAAAACAAAGAAGGAAACUUUGUGAAAAUCAACCUGAAGAAGAAAUCUCAUGUUAAAGGCUUCGCUCUGAGGGGCGCUGCUCUCCGCAAGCAGAUGUACGCGCGGAAGUUCCAGCUGAAGGGCGAGAGGUUUGGUGGAGGGCGGGGCAGAGGGAGCUUCAGGGGCUUUAACCGACAGGGGGACGUCUGCUAUAGAUGUGGUGGGACGGGACACUGGGCACGAGACUGUCACGGAGCAGUGCUGGCUCCUGGUGUGGGAGGGGCAACACAGAAGGACACGCCCCCGGAGGAUGAAGAAGAGGAGCCAUUCGAGCUGCCCACUUUAGAGGAAGUAGCCAGAGUGACAGGAACUCUCCGCUCAGAGCCCAUUGCAGUGCCCUUGAGUGUUGGAGACGAGGCAGACGAGAAAGAAAACGACAGAGGAGAGGAAAUCCUGUUAAACGUUAUAAGACCAGACUACGAGCGUCCCGCUCCCCCUCCACCCAUGGAGCCUCUGUACAGACCCCAAGAGGACGGCAAAGUGCAGGAAGUUCCUCCUGAGGUGUCCGAAGCUCUCCGUGACUUUGGGUACAAGUCCUUUAGACCCGGCCAGGAGUCGGCCAUCAUGAGAAUCCUCUCAGGUUUAUCGACCCUCGUGGUUCUGUCCACUGGCAUGGGCAAAUCUCUGUGCUACCAGCUCCCUGCAUACCUCUACGCACAAAGGUCGAAGUGCAUAACCCUGGUUGUGUCACCUUUGGUAUCGUUAAUGGACGACCAGCUCUCUGGGAUUCCUCCUAAGCUGAAAGCAGCGUGUAUCCACUCCAACAUGUCUCUGAAACAGAGAGAGACCGCUAUUGGAAAGGUGAAAGCAGGUCAGGUGCAUGUUUUACUGCUGUCUCCGGAGGCUCUGGUUGGUGGAGGUCACUCUGGCUCUGGUUGCCUCCCUCCUGCUGACCAGCUCCCCCCGGUGGCCUUUGCCUGCAUUGAUGAAGCUCACUGUGUGUCUGAGUGGUCUCACAACUUCAGGCCGUGCUACCUCAGACUGUGUAAGGUGUUGAGGGAUCGUCUGGGUGUGCGCUGUUUGCUGGGUCUGACAGCCACUGCCACCCUGUCCACUGCCCUGGACAUCGCUCAUCACCUGGGCAUUAGCGAUCGCGACGGCAUCGCUGUCCGUUCGGCUGCCGUUCCACACAACCUCCAGCUUUCUGUGUCUAUGGACAGAGACAAAGACCAGGCUCUGGUGACCUUGCUGAAGGGAGAGCGCUUUGGUGCACUGGAGUCCAUUAUAGUGUACUGCACCAGACGAGAGGAGACGAGCCGCAUCGCUGCACUGCUGCGCACCUGCCUGCAGGGGGUGAUGCUCAGAGAGUCCUCACGGCCUGUCGGAGAGGACGACAAAGAGGACAACCCUGUGGGCAAGAAGAAGAAAGCUUUGGCCAGGAAGAAGAUCCGGAAGCCGCUGAAGUGGAUAGCUGAAGCGUACCACGCGGGCAUGUCCGCCUCAGAGCGUCGGCGUGUGCAGAAUAACUUCAUGUGCGGCGAGCUGCGGGUGGUGGUGGCCACCGUGGCGUUUGGGAUGGGCCUGGACAAGUCCGACGUGCGCGGUAUCGUACACUACAAUAUGCCCAAAAGCUUCGAGAGCUACGUGCAGGAGAUUGGACGAGCUGGACGAGACGGAGAACCUGCGCACUGCCACCUGUUCUUGGAUCCAGAGGGCGGAGAUCUUCACGAGCUGCGCAGACACAUCUAUGCAGACACCGUGGACUACUUCACAGUUAAGAGGCUGGUGCAGAAAGUUUUCCCUCCCUGUAAGUGCAGGCGUAUCCAUCAGCAUCAGCAGUUGGCCCAGGCCAUGGAGGCGGAUGAUGCCGAGCUGAUGGAGUUAAUGGAUGACUGUGAAUCGUCCGGAGACCACCAAUACGAGCAGCGAGACGCAACAACACCCACCCACAUCCAACAAACACAACCAGAGCAGAUGGGAACCGCGCAAAAGAACCCACCCCAGUCAGAAAGCUCUCAGGAGUGGAACAAACCAAUAAUGCAGGUAGCAGAGGGAGAGUCGGAAGGUUCCAUUACUCAGUAUCGGGGAGAUGAGAAGAAACCGGAGGGACAAAAAUGUGAGGAUGAGAAGGCGGGAGGAAGUGAAAAUGGUUCAGAGAUGAUGCAAGAAGAGUGUGAAGGCGGUGGAUGGGGCCAGCGUGUGUGUCACACCCACGAGAGAACCAUUCCAAUGCAGGAUACGGUGGACGAGCUGGACAUCACAGAAGAAGGUUUGGAGACUUUGUUGUGUUAUCUGGAGCUCCAUCCUCAGCGCUGGGUGGAGCUGAUGCACCCGACGCUCUCAAUGUGUCGCUUGGUGUGUUAUGGAGGACCUCGGGAGCUCCGCAAGCUCACCAAAGUGUGCGCUCCUGUGGCUGUGGUUCUGGCGAGGAAGCGUCUGGCCGGCAAAAAGGUGGAGGACUGUGACUCUGUGGAGUUUGACGUGGUGGAGUUGGCAGACACUAUGGGCUGGCAGCUCCCGCUGGUCAAGAGGGGACUGAGACAGCUACAGUGGAGUGGCUCGGGACGGAGCGGUAUCCACGUAGAGUUCUCUGCUCUGUCCUUCUAUUUCCGCUCCUAUGGAGACCUGACGGCUGAAGAACUGGACGAGGUGUGCGCGUUUCUGUACGACAGGGUUCAGACGCAGGAGAGGACGCAGCUCUAUCAGCUCAAAGCCUCCUUCAAAGCCUUCCGCAGCGUUGCAUAUCGGAACUGUAGCUUCUGCAUGGAUGAGCUGGAUGAAGCCCGGAGCCUGAGGCUGAAGCAGCUUUUGGCUGAUUAUUUUGAAAAGAGGCGAGACCUGGACAUGACCAAGUAUGAGGAGGAGCAGGACGACACGUUCAGCAAGUCGAAGAUGAAGGACUGGGAGGAGCAGAUCUGCGCUGAUGUGAGAGGUUUCCUGGCCAGUCGGAGUGAUGAAAAGUUCUCAGGCCGCGCCGUGGCAAGGAUUUUCCAUGGGAUUGGAAGUCCGUGUUAUCCGGCGCAGACGUACGGCCGAGACCGGCGUUACUGGCGAAAAUAUCUCCAGUUUGACUUCAAUGAGAUCAUCCGCUUAGCCACUCAGGAGAUUAUUAGAACAAGACUAACUAUGUGAUGGGAAAGAGUUUUUUUGGGAAAGCUGUGAGCAGAGGGAGUCCAGCGCUCCAAGACGACAACAUACAACGUAUGUUUUCGACAACCGUGUAUGCUGACGCUUCAAUAAAACCUUCUUCUCUCCAA